GUGGUGAGUUUUGCCAGCCUGAAGUCGGACGUUGCCUACGACUGGAUGGUCCUGUGUAUCGUCUGGUGCUCUGUGGCCCAGUCCCUCCUCCUCCCCUUGUUCCUUUGGGCCUGCGACCGCUACCGGGCUGACGUCCGCUCGGUCUGGGAGAAGUGCGUGGCCAUCAUGUCCAACGAUGAUGGCGGGGAAGAGACCAGCUUGGAACGGCCGAUUCCCGCAGAAGCAACGUAUUCGCAACCCUAUCCCGACAACCUCUCCGGCGACGUUCUCACGGUGGACCAGAUCGCCAGCUAUGACCUGUCAGCCCUGGAGCGGGGGAUCCCUCAGCUCUAUGCCACCAAGCCUGUCCCGGAGGACAGAAUGCAGUAUCUGCAGGUCCCUCCCACCAGGCGUUUCUCGCACGACGAAACUGAGAUUUGGACCACCAGCCAGAUUUCGGCCUACUUUCAGCAUUGGGUGGCAGGAGAGGACAUCACCGCUGAAUUGGCAAGCCUGCUCCUCCCUCAGCCUCGAUACGACCGGCGGAGGACCAGCGUCCUCUCCUACCAGGAGGAACGCCGUCCGCACCGGAAGCGCAGGAAGUCCGCCGAGAGCCCAUUAUCCCUCAAGCCCUUCUCGUGCGAAGACAUCCACCGGCAGGGAGGCUACAAGUGCUUUAGCAAAGAGGACGUGAUGGACUUCACGGAUUACCCCAGCCCCCGUCGUACCCCGAGGAGACCCCCGGUGCGCUCGGCCUCCGUCUCUCUCCUCCCAGAUGCUUUUCCCCGCCGUUCCACCGCCGCGGUUCUCCGGGACUUCCCUUUGGCCACUUUCGAACGAGAGCCUCAAGUUUUGCGAAGCAUCUCAGUCCAGGGACGAGGGACUUCUCUGGCGGUACCAGUCUCUCUCCCGGCCCAGGAGGACAUACGGACCCUCUUCCCCAAAGGGAGCUUGGACAUGCCUUGCCACGAACAGAUUCACGUGGAACUCUGCGAGAGUCCCGGGAUGGAGGAUUGUCCGAUGAUCAGGAGUUGCUCCAAGCCUGAAUGUUUCCGGGCAGGACUGAGUCCUUCCUGGAGAGGCCAAGACGAUCUUCAGAAAAACGGAAGCAAAGGAAGCACGAGCAGUUUCUUGAGCUCACCUUCAGCCUCCUCGGGAUACGUCACGUUCCACUCGGAUUCGAUUAGCUCGGCCUCGUAGACACUGGAGAAGCUGGGAUCGCUUCGUACGAGUCUCUUCCAGAGGGCCCCGGAUAGCUCGUCGCGAGACAACUCGAGACGAUUCGAGACUGCAUUAUAAUCAAUCCACUCAGUUACUUUACGACGGGCGGGAACGUUUUUGUUGACAUUUUUGUAACUCUCGUAUUUCCGCAAUGACUUCCUUUUGUUAUCAUGGGCCACGGUUCCGUCGAAAUGAACUUUUGUAUCGGUUGAAUUGUCCUGCGGCGACUCGGCUGCGGCGAAUCGCUCCCGUCCAGCUUCCAGAUUUUGUUUCUCGCCCGACGGGGGCUUCCUCCUGGAUGCGGUCCGGAUUUGGCACCAGGAACUGGACAUAGCACCAAAGAACCUUCAUCUUGUCUCUCGUCCUGGUUGUCAAGAUCAGGGGAGAGAGAGAGGUUAAAAGCAGGAUGCUUCCGAGAGCAACCUUGGAAGAAAAGCACUUCGAAUCCAGACGGGUCAUAUCUCAGCUCGGGGCAAGAGAGGAUAAAGUCCUCCUCUCUUCCUUUUCUACUGCAAGAACCCACACAGCUCGUCCAAAACUGACGGAUAUUUUUGGUUCGUUUUUUUUCUAAUCAUCUCACGUCCUCUGCGAGAACUUUUCUAGGUAGAUGUUAAAUGUGCAUGUCUUUGGGUAUCGAUCCUUCUCUCUUGGAGGCAGCUGUGGCCAAAAAGAGCCGGGUUUCCCUUUAAAAAAAACCUGCGCAGGGUACGUGCUCCAAAUUUCCCCCAUCCUUGCUCUACAUUCCAACAGGCCCUCUUUGCGAGCAACGAGGAGGUCAUGGGUGAGACCCGCGUGUGGUCCGUUAUUCCGAAAUAGUGUCAGGUGCAUGGGGUCCGUUAUUCCAGAAUAGUGUUGCAUGCACAAUGGUCCGUUAUUCCAGAAUAAUGCGUGCGUGGAUCUGGUCCCGUUAUUCCGAAAUAAGGUUGCAUUCAUUCGGUCCGUUAUUUCAGAAUAAUGUCAGCUGCACGGAGUCCGUUAUUCCAGAAUAGCGUCAAUGUUGGGAAUGGGACAAAGUGGUUGUUUGAAAAAAAAUAAUAAUAAUAAUUGAGGGUUUUUCUCAGGAGCAAAAUUUAAGUCCGAUCCAGGAAAAACCCCAUGAGGUUCGUUCCCUUACCCCUUAAGCAAGAA